AUGGCCAACGACAGUCUGGAGGAGAAACCCCUGGCCCCAGCCGCCGCCCGCCGCCUCGCCAUCAUCGAUGAAGCGGCCCCGUCGCCGAAGCUGAAGGCGGAGGAGCACCGGUGGCGGCACGGGACAUGCAUCAAGUGCUGCGGCUGCGUCUCCGCUCUACUGCUGGUCCUCGCCGUGAUCAUCCUUGUCCUCGCCUUCACCGUGUGUCACGUCAAGGACCCUGUUCUGAAAAUGGAGUCCGUAAACAUCAACGGUCUCGACGGGAUAACCAACCUCACUGGCGGUGCCCCGGCGAAGAACCUGACCGUUGUGGUCGGCGUUGCGGUGAGGAACCCUAACGCAGCGUCGUUCAGGUUCAGCAACGCCUCAACCGCCGUGUACUACGACGGCGUGGUGGUGGGCGAGGGCCGGAAUCCGCCGGGCGUGGCGAAGGCACGGCGGACGCUCCAUAUGAACAUCACAGUCUAUGUUAUGGUGGACAUAAUACUGGGGGUUUCGAGUCUGAGUGAGGAUCUGAGGUCUGGGGUUUUGCCGGUGAGAAGCUACACCGAGGUUCCGGGCAAAGUGAAGAUACUGAAGAUUGUGAAGAAGCAUGCUGUGGUGAAGAUGAACUGCACCAUGAACGUUAAUAUCGAAACCCAUAGAAUUCAAGAUCAAGAUUGCAAACGAACAGUUUCAUUCUAG